AAGUUGAAACUCAUCCAUACUCCCGUAUCGUUCCCUUUCUAUUCGAUCAUUUUCUUGGAUGAUUAACAUGCACGAAAAUUCUCAUAUAAAGCAAUCGGUUUCAAAGCAGAAGCAUGUAAAAUAGUUGUAAAUUUUUGUUUCCGUGAUCUUGUUUCACGAAGAAUCACCAAUGGCGGGGCUGAGAUCCGGCCGCCGAAAGCUCUCCUUUGAUGUUCUUACAACCGCCGACUCAUUCUUCGACGACGACGGACCAUUCAUACAAAGGUCCAGUUCUGGACCCCCGAUUCACACAAAUGAAGACGCGUCCAUCACCAAGACCAAAAGAAGAAAACGCAGAAACAAGGGUUCAAAGAAGAAAAAGAAGGCGGUAGACGAAUUUGGUUUGAAUUGUAAUAAUGUUACUAGUGAUGGUAAUUAUAGUCGUCUAGAGAUGAUGCCGACAGAGGGGGUGUAUGGGGAAGUGGUUGUGCCGCCAGAGGAGGAGAUUGUUCGUACAGUUAUUAGUUCUGAUAGGGGAACACCGGAGUUGAGACAGAGUAGUAAUGUUGCCAGUGGCGGUGAUAACUUGUCCAUGGUGUUUAUCGAUGAGGAUGUAAAGGAGUGUAUCGGUAGUAGUUGUAUGAGUACUGCUGCUACUUCUACGGAAAUGGGUUCUCAGAUGAAUUCGAAUGGGAAUGGGAAUGGGAAUGGGAAUGGGAAUGGGAAUGGUGUUAGGAAAAGGAAGGAAGAAUCGUUGGACGUUAAGCAAUUAUUCGCAAAAGCAAAGCCAAAAGCAAAGCCAAAGCCAAAGCACAAGUUUUCUUUGGAGACAUUGCCAGUCAAAUACUUUAUGGAAGAAAUGUAUGGGGCUAGUUCUUUAAGGACUACAACAUCCCUUGCUGAUGAGAAGGAACGAGAAAGAGUAUAUGACACUAUAUUCAGCAUGCCAUGGCGCUGUGAAUUGCUUAUCGAUGUAGGCUUCUUCGUUUGCUUGGAUUCAUUCCUGUCUGUGCUAACUAUCAUGCCAAUGAGGAUUCUCACAACCUCUUGGAGGCUUCUAACAACUUGGUAUAUUCUGUUGCAUCUCAAACUGCAGUUCAAAAUCACUUCAGCAGCAGAGCUGUCUGACCUUGGUUGUUGUCUUAUUAUGGCUUGUGGAGUUAUCCUUUUACAACAAACAGAUAUCAGCUUGAUAUAUCACAUGAUUAGAGGCCAAGGCACCAUCAAACUCUAUGUGGUGUAUAAUGUUUUGGAGAUAUUUGAUAGGCUAUGUCAAAAUUUUGGUGGAGAUGUAUUGCAAACACUAUUCAACUCCGCUCAUGGUUUAGCUAACUGUUCAUCUGAGUCUAAAAGAUACUGGCUAUGGAGGUUCAUCUCUGAUGAAGCAUUAGCAGUGGUUUCUUCAAUCGUUCAUUCAUUUAUCUUAUUGGCCCAGGCCAUUACUCUUUCAACCUGUAUGGUUGCUCACAAUAAUGCAUUAUUUGCUUUGUUGGUGUCAAACAAUUUUACGGAGAUAAAAAGCAAUGUGUUCAAACGUUUCAGCAAGGAUAAUAUACAGCAACUGGUAUAUUUUGAUUCAAUCGAGAGGUUCCACAUUUCAGCAUUUCUCAUCUUUAUCUUGGCUCAGAAUAUUUUGGAAGCUGAAGGUGCUUGGUUUGAAAAUUUUCUAUAUAAUGCUCUUGUGGUUCAUAUAUGUGAAAUGAUGGUUGAUAUAGUCAAGCAUUCUUUCAUUGCUAAAUUCAAUGAAGUAAAGCCCAUCGUGUAUUCUGAAUUUCUUGAAGACCUUUGCAAGCAGACUCUGAAUAUCGAGAUGGGGAAUGGGAAGAAAAACCUCACUUUUGUUCCUCUGGCGCCAGCUUGUGUGGUAAUUAGAGCGUUAAGUCCAAUUUAUGCUGCUCAUCUUCCCACGGGUCCGAUCGUAUGGAGACUUGUUUGGAUAUUGAUCUUGAUGGUGACGACAUUUGUGAUGCUUACAAGCUUCAAAGUUAUGAUAGGUAUGGCUCUUCAUAAACAUUCUAGUUGGCAUAUAAAAAGAUGCCAAGGGACAAAAUUGCACUCAGAUUAGCACAUAAUUUCAGGGUAUUGUAUUUGUAUGUACCAACAAUCAUAAUAGUUGACUAGUUGAAGGUCCAU